AUGGGCUUUAAAAAUCGUUUUUUAUGCGUUAUUGGCAUUUCUUGUCUAUGUUUUAACAUAAUUUUGACACAGGAUGUUACUACUAAUAAAAUAAAAAAUGCUCCUGAAGAAUCCCCCAAAGAACAACCAGUCCAGGGGAACAUAACCUCAAAUUCAACAAGUACAAAUUCCACAGUAAAAUAUGUCCAAUGUUUGCCUAAUUUGGGCAGUGAAAAGGUGCAGUUGGUUAACGAUACAGAGUUGAUUAAAUUACUUUCACCUGAUACAAAUAUUACCAGCCGAGAAACUCCUGCACCAUGUAUUUUGGUUUUGUUCUAUUCCAAGUAUUGCCCGUUUUCAAGUAUGGCAGCGCCCCAUUUUAAUGCACUCCCUAGGGCUUUUCCAGACAUCAAAAUGGUUGCUAUUAAUGCCAUGGUUUACCAUUUAUUCAACACUCAAAAUGGUAUUGUUGGGGUACCUUCGAUCUUAUUGUUCCACAAUGGGCGACCUGUGGCGAAAUAUAACGAUUCGAAAUACACCCUAGAGUUAUUUUCCAAAGUUUUAACAGGCAUCACAGGAUUAAAUCCAACUGAAUUAAACUGGGUCUCCUCUGCUGAUUUCGAGGGCCCUGUAUACAGCGUACCAUCCAAAGACUCUGAUACGUUUUUAAUUAUGUCCUGGAUAUUUGUUAACUUGUGUAUGGCGUAUUAUUUCACUAAAACUACCUGGUGGAGUAAAAUUUGCGAAACAGUACAAAAGUAUUGGCGGGAAUCCGAACAACAUGCCGAACACGAACAUGAGCAUCUCGACUAG